AUGUGGUUCAUUGUUGCUUUGUGUGCACUCCUUGUACUUGGCUUGCUGGGAUACCUGCUGUACAGAUGCUGUAGAUACCUGUCCACCAAAGACUGCAGCUGCUGUGAGCCCAGACACAUUCAUGAUGAGGACCAGCUCAUUCAAGAUAAAGCUCCACCAAAGAAGGAAAUAUUACUGGAAAUGACCCAAAUUAACACAGUGUUUGAUGGAGAGGAAGUUGAUCCAGUGACAAAAAGGGUUUACGAGUACAACAGCAAAUCUGGCGCCCGGCGAUGGAAGGAUGCCAUUAUUGUGUCCAAGCCCGUGCUCAACCAACCAGAGAGCAGCACACUGGUCAUCUCAAGGAGGCCAGCCAAUCCUGAGGCUCCCGCAAACUCUGAGCAGCCACUGGUCAGGGAGAGAGGCGAGACAGCCGGCUCUGGCCAAUCACAGAGAAGAAUGAAGUGCCUGUCAAGCAUGAGCACGAGUAAUGAGAGUGUAUCGCUCAAAGACAAAAAGCAGUUUCACAAGACUAAAUCUAGUGACAUGUCUGAGGUCUAA